UACUGUCGUGGAACAAAGAUCUGAGACACAGCAUCGCCACCGCCGCAACCACCCGCACGCUCGCGGCCUCGCGCAGACGGCACACACUCCACUCUCCUCCUUCCCCCCCGCCCCGGAUUCCAGAUCUGAGCGGCCAUCGUGCCUAAAUUCCCCGCCUGAUCCGAAACCUAGCUCCGCGAUUCCAAUGCGCAGGGGCUCUGUCGAGGCGGCGCUCCGCCGCCGGCGGUCGCCGGCGCGGCUGUGGGUCGGCGUAAGUGCGCUCAUCGUUUGCACAAUUUGGCUCUGGUCCUCCUCCGCCGGCCUCGCCCUCGCCUCCUACAAGGCCCAGGAUGUUGAUGUAAAUAAGUUGUGGAGAACUGCAGAUUCAAAUGGUUGGAGAGCAUCUUCUGCACCACGAUCAUAUUGGCCUCCCCCGCCAACUGAGUCAGAGACUAAUGGGUACUUGCGUGUCCGGUGCAAUGGUGGCUUGAACCAACAACGUACUGCUAUAUGCAAUGCUGUCGUUGCUGCACGAAUAAUGAAUGCUACACUUGUGCUGCCAGAAUUAGAUACAAAUUCUUUCUGGCAUGAUGAGAGUGGUUUUGUGGGUAUUUAUGAUGUUCCCCACUUCAUCAAGACAUUGAAAUAUGAUGUCCAUAUUGUUAUGAGCGUCCCAGAAAUCACUACAAAUGGUAAAACUAAGAAGCUGAAAGCCCACCAGAUCCGGCCACCUCGAGAUGCUCCACUAGCUUGGUAUACAACAGUUGCCUUGGAGAAAAUGAAGAAUUACGGGGCUAUCUAUUUAACUCCAUUUUCCCAUCGAUUGGCAGAAGAUAUCAAUGAUGCAGAGCUCCAGAGAUUGCGAUGCAGGGUGAAUUAUCAUGCAUUACGAUUCAAGCCACACAUCAUGAAAGCAAGUAGCGAGAUAGUGAAUAAGCUCCGAUCAGAAGGCCAUUUCAUGUCAAUUCAUCUACGGUUUGAGAUGGAUAUGCUUGCUUUUGCUGGGUGCGUUGAUAUAUUUACAGCUCAAGAGCAGAAAAUUCUGAUCAAGUACCGCAAGGAAAAUUUUGCAGAAAAAGAACUUGUCUAUAGGGAAAGACGACUCAUUGGAAAAUGCCCUUUAACCCCAGAAGAGGUAGGCCUUAUUCUCCGUGCUAUGGGAUUUGAUAAUACAACUCGCAUCUACCUUGCUUCUGGCGAGCUCUUUGGUGGGAAACGCUUCAUGAAGCCAUUUAAAUCUAUGUUUCCGCACUUAGAAAACCACAGCUCGGUUGGACCAGCAAAGCUGGAAGAAAAUACCCGAGGUCUGGCGGGCUCUGCAGUUGAUUACAUGGUCUGUCUCCUAUCUGACAUUUUUAUGCCCACGUAUGAUGGUCCAAGCAACUUUGCAAACAACCUCAUGGGGCACCGCCUAUACUAUGGUUUUCGGACAACUGUCACACCAAAUAGGAAGGCUCUUGCUCCGAUAUUCAUGGACAGGGAGGAUGGCCGCACAACUGGUUUUGAGGAACGCCUGAGGCAGGUCAUGUUUAACUCGCAUUUUGGUGGCCCCCACAAGCGCACUCAUCCAGAAUCUUUCUACACAAACUCCUGGCCGGAGUGCUUUUGCCAGAUGAACCCUAGGAAACAUGCUGACGAAUGCCCACCAGAUAAUAUAUACGAGGUUCUGGAGAACCAGUUUCAGAGUCAACAGAGUGAAGAAGGUACAGAAGAAGUGAAAGCCACUAAUCGAACCGACUCAACCAGUCAAACAGAAGAGCUCAUGAUUUAACUGAGAAGCCAAACAAUUAUUGUCUGAGAGCACGACAUUGUAUCAUCUGUCGUGAACCAGGAUAUCACAUUUUCGAUGAAUGGAUAGAUGAAUUGCCCAAGAUGACCAUAGGAACACAGAGCUGUUGUUUCCAGUAGGAGCUAUUAGGACUUAGAGAAUGAAGGCAGAAGUACGAGAGCAGUGAACCGGAUGUUAGGUUUGGUCAAACAGGGAUAUUGGAGAGAAAACCAUACAUAUCUGAAAUAGCAUCUGUUCUUUUGCUGAUGAUAUGAAUGAUGAUAAGGCGGCAAUGGGUGGAAAUCUUUCUACAGGAUGCAUAGCAGAAAUGUGUAAUAACUAACUGUACCAGCCUAUGUGCGUUUUCCACUGUUGUGCAUAUCCAUUUUCUGUCUACCAGAUGUGUUCUCUAGUGGCUAUUUUCUUGAGUGCUCAAUUGUGCGUUUCUGUGUCUUUCUUGAUUUUGGCUUUAAAUCGAAUGUUCAAGUUUUGGUU